AUGUCUAGUGGAAACGAAGGAGUAUCCCAUCCCAUGAACUUUGAACAGAUGAUGGAGCAAAUGGAUAGGCGUUUCCAACGCAUGUUAGAACCCAUUCAAGAUGAGUUGCUGCAACUUCGAGCAUCUGGAACACCAAAAACCUCUAAGUCCAUGCGAAGGCGAAUGGACAUGGAGGAGUCUUCCGAUGGUUCCAAUAAUGAUAAUGAUGAUGAGGAACCUCGAAUUCGACCAAGGCAAAGGAACCAGACUGGACCUACUGAUGUAUUCAAGGGAAUCAAGAUGCAAAUCCCUGAGUUCAAAGGACGGUCCGAUCUCGAGGCCUUUCUCGAAUGGUUAUCCAAGAUCGAAAUGGUCUUUUCUUGCCAAAACUACACCGAGGUGCAAAAGGUGCAAUUGGCCACCAUGGAAUUCACUGAGUACGCUGUGGUUUGGUGGGACCAAAUCAAGAAGUCUAGAAGGAGAAAUGGGCUACCUGAGCUCGUUCCAUGGCCCGAGCUUCGAGCCAUGAUGCACACCCGCUUUGUACCUGGACAUUACACUAGGGAUUUGUACCACCGAUUACAAACCUUAGUCCAGGGCAACCGGAGUGUGGAUGAGUACCACAAGGAGAUGGAGAUCCUGAUGCUUAGAGCGAAUGUACAGGAGGAUCCUGAAGCCACCAUGGCGAGAUUCUUGAGCGGGUUACGACCCGAUAUUGCUGAACGAGUGGAACUUCAACACUAUAUCGUCGAGCAAAGGCUCAAGAGGAGGGGUACCACUCGAUCGAAUUUCGGCAAUACCACCUACUCUACCAACCGCCCAUUCCAACCAAGGAAUGAUUCUCGGCCUUCACCAAAUGCUCCUACACCAAAGCCGAGAUUCGAGGGAGGUAAGAUGGGCAACCCUAGUAUUAGUAAGCCGCCCUCUUCUACUCCAAAAUUUGAGGAGCCUAGGGUACAAACUAGAGCUCGUGAUACUCGAUGUUUCAAAUGCCAAGGUAGAGGCCAUAUUGCUAGUCAAUGUCUCAAUCAAAGGACUAUGAUUACAAUGCAAAAUGGUGAGAUCGUGAGUGAGGACGAAGCCGAGCAUGAAGGCAUGCCACCUCUUGACGGAGGUAGUGAUGGGGAAUCGCCAAAUGAAGAGAAGUUUAGUACACCCGAGGGUCAUUUUGGGACUGCAUUGGUUGCAAGGAGAGCAUUAACGGCACGUGUUAAGGAGGACGAGCUUCAACGGGAGAACAUUUUCUACACCAGGUGCUUCAUCAACCAAGCACUUUGUAGUGUGAUUAUUGAUAGUGGGAGCUGCACAAAUGUGGCUAGUUCACUCAUGGUGGACAACUUGAAGUUGCCUACAAGGGAUCACCCGCGACCUUACAAACUCCAAUGGCUCAACAAUUCUCGGGAGGUUCGAGUAACCAAGCAGGUUCUUAUAUCCUUUCAAAUCCAUAAAUAUUCUGAUGAAGUAUUAUGUGAUGUAGUUCCUAUGCAGGCUAGUCACAUUAUACUAGGUAGGCCUUGGCAGUUUGACAGACAGAAAGUGAGGAAGUUAAUGACAGAUGAGCAGCCACUUCUUAUGCUUGUUAGCAAAGAAGUAGCUCUAAAUGUGCAUGAACUUGAUAUUGACAUACCUCUCGAGGUUAAGUCUCUUUUACAGGAGUAUGCUGAUGUCUUCCCCGAGGAUGUGCCAAGUGGAUUGCCGCCACUUAGAGGCAUUGAGCAUCAAAUUGAUUUCAUCCCUGGGGCUUCAUUGCCAAAUCGACCAGCUUACAAGAGCAACCCGGAGGAGACUAAGGAGUUGCAAAGGCAAGUGGAUGAGUUGCUUGGCAAAGGAUGGGCACGUGAGAGCUUAAGCCCGUGUGCUGUUCCAGUCAUUCUGGUGCCCUAG